AUGGGAGGGGGAGAGAGGGGGCUGAAGAAGGGGCCGUGGACGGCGGCGGAGGACGCGUUGCUGACGGAGUACGUGAGGAAACACGGCGAAGGAAACUGGAACGCCGUCACGAAGAAGACGGCGCUCGUCAGAUGCGGCAAAAGCUGUCGGCUCCGGUGGGCGAACCAUCUCCGACCAGACCUCAAGAAGGGUUCUUUCUCUCCCCACGAAGAAGCCGUCAUCCUCCUCCUUCACUCUAAGCUUGGCAACAAAUGGGCUCGCAUGGCUUCUCAGCUUCCAGGACGGACCGACAACGAAAUAAAAAACUAUUGGAACACGAGGAUGAAGCGACGACAAAGGGCCGGUUUGCCCAUAUACCCUCAAUCAGAAGAUACCCAAGGGGACUCAUCUUCUUCUCAAUUCGAGAACCGAAAUAAUCGAAACAUGAUCAUGCCUACUCCUUCCAAUUCUCCAUCCUCCUCCUCCUCUUCUUCUUCGUCUUCUCGGCCCCGGAAACGUCAUUGCCUCGACCCCAAUUUCUCUGCUCCCUCCCUUGACCCCAUCCCUUCAGAUCAUUCCAUGAGUUGCCAAAUGUUCCCUGCAAAUCACGGCAAUGAUAGUUGCAAAGCCGGUUUCGGCUUUUCUCUCCCUUUGUCCGCGCCUUCGUCUUCGAGUGACAUGUCCAACCCUAACCAGCUUCUUGAGUUCGUGUCCGAGAACUCGAGCACAUGCAAAAGCAAGAGCAGUGACUCUGGAUUCAUGAGUUACAGUUCACUGCUAAUGGGAGAGGCUACGGAGCUGUCUUCUUUUCCUCUAGGGCUAGAUGCCUUAGAGCUCCCUUCAAACCAAACAGUACCGACACGUACGUUCACUUCUUACAGUCUUGAUGAUAACGUUUUCGAUCCGAUGCCACGUGGUAAUAGCGGUUUGCUUGAUGCCCUUUUGGAAGAGUCUCGAGCUUUGUCUCGAGGUGGAGUGUCAAAGGAGAUUAAGAAGAGGGUUGAUUCUUCGGAUCAGUCAUCGACCGAAAGAAACCCUAGUUACAACAACAAGUACGAGGAACCAACAUGGGAGAAAACCAUGGUGGGUGAUGAUGAUGACGACUUGCUCACGAGCCAUCUCAACAAUGUCCCUUCAUCCACACCGUUGUGUGAUUGGUACCGUGCGGCCGGAAACAGAUCCGACCGCUCAGAUUUCGCGGCAGGCGAUGUCAGAAACCUUCAAAACAACGGUCUUGGAUCUUGAUCCAUCUUCCGUGUGUCGUGGAGUUCAUGCUACAUGUCCAAGAGUUUGGGAAUUGAUUUCCUUUUGAAUUGCUGUGAGACUUUUAUUUAAUUUUGCUUAUUUUGUAUGCGAUCUCAAUCUCCAUUGCGUUAAGAUGUUCAUGUGAAAUGCAGACAACCGGAAAUGCAAUUUCAAUUCCAACA